AUGGCGUAUCAAUCGGCUCCGGGUUCUGGGUUUCACUACUUGAACUCCCCUUUCGGAGAUACAACCUUCACAAAGGUAUUCGUCGGUGGCCUUGCUUGGGAGACUCAAAGUGAAACCCUUCGUCGGCAUUUCGAUCAGUACGGUGAAAUCCUUGAAGCUGUCGUCAUUGCUGAUAAGAACACUGGCCGAUCCAAAGGAUACGGUUUUGUGACUUUUAGAGAUCCAGAAGCUGCUAGGAGAGCUUGUGCUGACCCAACUCCGAUUAUAGAUGGUAGACGUGCAAACUGUAAUCUUGCUUCCCUCGGGAGGCCUCGGCCUCCAUUGCCCUACGCGCUGGUACCUAACAUGCCUGGACGCUUAAGACCUGCUUCCCCGUACAUUGGAAAUGUGCAGGGUCCUCGUGGUUCGGUUUUCGGAAGCUAUCCGUAUCAGCAACCACUCCCAUAUAACUACCAGCAAGGAAUUGUGUAUCCUUAUGGGGUAACGGCAUAUGGACCCGAGUACAUGUACGCACAGUCACAGGGUUUAUAUGGUCCAUACAUGGGGCAGCAGUACCUUCAGGUCUACGGAGUACCUGGUGCAGUGAAUUCGCCAGUUUAUCAAUACGGUCAAGUAAACCAGAGUAUUCCCAGUGGCCACGGUUAUACGGCAAUUCAAGGGUAUUCGGUACCAGGAAGCCAUGUUCUUCAGCUUGGUGGGCCAACCGCCAGUGCGAUGACCACUUCAUCUCUGUCUGUUCUUCAAGCUCCAUACCCUUCAGGCCCUGCACCAGUACAGUCGCAUAUCAUUGUCCAUUCCCCUCAAUUUAUGCAGAGUAGCGGCGGUUCUGACCAAACAACAAGUAAUGGAUUUCAGCUAUCCUUGAAGACUGAGGAGAAAGGAAGUUAA